AUGUAAUAUGGAGUGGUAUAUUUUUGGUGGUGAUGCAGGUGGCGUUGUUCUUCGUGUAGCUCUCCCUGUUCUGCUUCUCCAACUCCUCCUCUGCUCCCGUCUCUCCCUGCCUGUUCACUCCGACGAUGAGGAAGACAAUCUGCUCCAAGGAAUCAACAGCUUCCGGCAAUCAUCGAAUCUCCCGACCCUCUCCAAGCACGACAAGGCCAACUGCGUUGCUGAUGAGAUCGCCGACCAAUUAGAGGACAAAUCAUGCACAUCCGUCACAAGUUCGCCAUCCAUGCAAUCUCAAGUCAUCUCCAACUACCCCAACGUGUUGAAGAAAUGCAAAGUGGACAUCAACACCACAACGGACGGAGUCGUUCUCCCCGUCUGUGUGCCCCACCGUGUGGCCACGCUUGUGCUCACCAACUACACCCACUCCCCCAACUCUAGAUAUUUGAAUGACUCGGCGUUCACCGGAGCUGGCAUUGGGACCGAAGACGAUUGGACCGUGCUUGUCUUGGCUACGAACUCCCCCGGUGGGAGCUUUGCUAGCCGAGGUUCUCGCCUCCUCGCCUCGAUGUUGCCCAUGCCCAUGCCCAUGCUGAUAGGUUUGAUGGUUGGUGUGGUUUUAGUGGGCUGAAGUUUUGGUAUUUGGAAAAAGUGAUGUGUUUUGGAAUGUUUAAUGGUAGUGUAAGUAUGUUGUUUGGGAGAUGAGGUGGUUGUGCAAAUGGUGAUGUUUGGCACUGAUAAGAAUGGCUUUGGACUCACCGUAGAGAGUAAAUUUCAACUUUGUAAAAGCCUAUUAUUAAUUGUGAGAGUAGUUUAUUACUCC